AGACAACACAGGAAGUGGAGGCCGACCAAUACUGUCAAGAACAGUCCAAGGAAAUGGUGGAUGUUUGCCAUCGACUGCCAUCUGUCGAAGAUUCAGGAUCGCAACAAGCGUCACACAAAGGCUUUCAUGCUGGAGAGGGCUGGAAAGGCUAUAGCUUACACAAAGGCCUACACUGCUGUACUGACUGAAGACAACCCAGCACCAGGAGUGAAGACCUCCCUGGAAGAUCUGGAAGAAGAGCUUGGGUUUGAUGAGCUGAAGAUUCUAAGGGAAGUAAUCCUGUCCAAGUUACGCUCUGAAAACAGAUUGCCAAGGAAAAGCCCUUCAUCAGUGGACCAGCCUACUCCAAGCCCUGCAGGAGGGGAUCAGACCGGACUGUUCCAACGCUGGUUCCCAGGUUGGUCAGGGUGGUACCAAGGGGCUGAACCCCACAUGGAGCAUGCUGGUCACACCGAGGACACUAAGGGGGAGUCGGAUGUAGAUGGGCCUGCAGAGGCUGUUGGACAGACAGAGCUGGAGCAAGAAAUCUUAGAUGUUAUUCUUGAUUCCACUGAGAACACAUCACUGCUACGUAAAGACACAGUAGAAUUCAGGGAGACUAACAAUAAUGUUGAAAUUGGGAUCAAGUCUGCCGCCGGUCUCCGGCCAAAAGGUUUAUCACUGGAGGAAAUCAAGCCUGACCCUAUGCCACCACGGCCGCCAAAUGCAGACUGGAAGUUGCUGAGCACCAAGAAACUAUCAACAGCUGAGAAGGAGGCACGGUCUAAACCUGUGCGUGAUGGCCUGAACGCUGUACCGACAACCCAGCAAGAGAAGGUGGACUGUCGCAAGUGGUUGAGUCCACAGGAGUUGCAUCAAAUUAUCAUAGGUCCCCCAACCAUUGACUUCAGCACAGUGUGUCUGAAAUCCAGCAGCCAGAAGGAGCUGAACAUCAUCAAUAACCUCAACCAAUACAUCCAUGUGGUAGCAGAGAUUGACUGUCGGGAACUGCGUCAGAGCAGCCCUCUCUCUCAGGUUGUCCCUCCUAAGUCUCGUGCCACCAUUCCCAUCCUCUUCGAGUCCAACAGUAAAGGAAAGUUUCAGAGGUCAGUGAUGUACACUGUGAACGGCUUCUACAAGCACCAUGUGACAGUGGUGGCAGAUGUGGGACCGGUAACCCUCCAGCUGUCCACAGAAGACCUGCUUCUCAAGCCCACCCCGGGGCUGCCAGCUGAUGCAGGUUACCGUGGUGUGGUGACCCUGCACAACCCCCUCAACUACCCCGCAGAGUUCACCUGGUCCCCCAACCUGGGAGAAAAGGGCACUGCUUUCUCCAUCAGACCAGCCACAGGUACGGUGGAUGCCUUCAGUGACCUUGACUGUGAGGUUGUGUGGCAUCCCUCCUUCAUGGCUCCAGAGGAUGGCUCCUUCACACUGAUGCUCCUCAAUGGCAACCCAUUACAGUUCCGAUGUCUGGCACAGCUUGGCAACAGCUCGGUUCAGUUUGUGGAACGAAGGGUAAUGUUCGGCCAGGUUCCAGUAAACCUGACUACCACCAGGACAGCCCUGCUGCACAAUGCUGGUCAAAACCAUGCUUUCUUCCAGGUCCUGGACCCCAACCCUUUCCCUGGGCUCACCGUGAGUCCGGUCCAUGGCGUGGUGCCUGUGGGAGGAACAGCUGAGUUGCGGGUGUCGCUGACCCCAGACGCUGUGCUGAAGUUCGACACGCGGGUCCAGCUGGCCAUCAAGGGUGGGAAGACCAUUGAUCUGAGAAUGGGUGGGACAGUGGAGCCUCCAAGUGUCGACAUCAGCAUGCCUUCCUUCAACUUCGGUGGCGUGUACUGCGGAUCAGGAUCCACCAUACAGUUCCAGCUCCUCAACAAGACUGUCACCAAGGCAAAGAUGGAGUUCGACCUGACACGCUUCAAGGACUUCACGCUGGCCUUCCCAGGAUUCCAGACUCAAGAUGACUACAACUACCAGAUGAUGAACCAAGGGAUGUAUUCGGUGACGCUGGGUCCGGAGGAGACUGUGCCAGGGGAGAUAACCUUCAUGCCCACAGAGGUGGCUGCAUACGACUUUGUGAUGCCAUGUGUCAUCAAUCAUGUGGGUGCCCCCCACCCUGCCCCCACACCUUUCCCUCCUACCCCAGCCCCCUCCCAGAAGAACAGUCUACAGCACAUCAUCAACCCCCGGCCCCAGCCAUUUAUGGUUGUCACACCCAGGAAGCAUGUCAUAGCCACAGCUCUGCGGCAGCCGUUACAGCUAUCCCAGAACAGGAUAGAGUUCUUCCUUCCUGCUAGCAUGCAUGAGCUGUACAAGAAUACAGGCAUCGGAGAAUCAAAGCCUCUCAUCAUAGUAAACAACAGUCCUCGCAACAUCAAGUGGGCAUUUGACCUGUCCAAGCCCACAAAGGCCCUGGAGGACGGGGCGCUAAAGUUCACCCAUUCCUCUGGCGUACCAUUCCUGAACCUACAGAACAAGCCGAGUCGGGGAAUCGAGGGGGAGCUGGAGCCAGGCCAGACACAGGAGAUCUCCGUCCACUUCUGUCCAGCUCAACCUGGCAAGAUGGAGUGUCUGGUGCCUGUGGUCCUGGAUGACUUGUGGGACAAGCCCUACCAGUACCUGCAUAUACUGGGGGAGCUGAAGGCGCCCCGGAUCUGGUUUGACCCCCUGGCUAUCUGCCUCACCCCUGUCCCCCUCACCACCGAAGUCGCUGAAUUCAACAUCCUGGCCUCGCAGUACAGAGUAUCUGACACUCUGAGUUUCGAGCUCCCUGAGGUGGAGUGUGAAGAUGGCAGCAAGAUCAGUCCUCUCACUCUCCAGUUCUCUCAAGGUCAAGAAAUCAAGCCUUGUGCAGGAGAUGAGGGGCAGAUUGACCCCUGUUGUAUUCCCUGCAAGGUCACCUUUGUCAGCCCCAAACCGAUCUCCUUUGCUCAGCCAAUCAUCUUCAAAGACACUGAGGGCAGAAUGUUUCCCCUGAUGGUGACGGCAUCGUCGGACAACAGCCUGAUGACCUGCUACCCAUUCCUGGCUCUCCAUCGCAGUGACCAUCAGAUAGUCUGUGAAAAUGGCUCUUCCCCCAAGGGUCAUAAGCUGUUAGGCUGCAAGGAUUCUGUGAGUGCUGGUGAGGCUGUGCUGGUUCCGUGUCAGUCCCCCAACCACUCCGGCAGCCGCCCCAGCACCAGCGCCACCAGCUCCAACUUCCAGAUUUCCACCUCCAGCUACGAGUCCAGCGACAGCAUUACAGAUUCAGCCGACAACAGCACGCCUCACCCUCGUGAUGGUGCCAUGAACAAGCCGCAGUCUGGGUCGGACACUAACUGCCGAAUCAAUGCUGGACUGGCUACACGAUCACUGGGGUCGGCCAUGUUCCCUGAUGAAGAUACUGAGGAAGGAAUAUUCCACAUGGAGGUCCUGUUUGCUGUGCAGAGAUGGUUCUCCUCCAUGGGCUGGCCAGGGGGACCCUUUCCCAUCACCAUUCCAGAGUCUCUCCGAGUGGGUAUCACCCGUAAGCCAGCGGAGGAAGAGCGUGGCAAGGGGCCAAAGUCUGGAGGCUGGGACACCAACAACCUCAAAAAAGACUUUAAGACCAUCUAUGACAUGAUCAGUCAUCUGAGUGGACGCCCUGUCCCUGGCAUCCCCCUCAACUCCUCCCUCCCCGCAGACCCACUAGAGAGAGUCAAGCAGAUCUACUGGCAGCACUCAACCCUUCUCACCUUCCUCAGGUGUCAGGGAGCCUGUGUGGCUGCAAUCAGGCCGGAGCAUCUGAUGGAGCCACGUGACUACAGUCUGUGGAAACGUCUUCAGCAGCAGCUCCAGAUGGAGCUGGUGAACCAGGGUAUGACUGAGGAGGCUGGUCGUAUCCAUGACGAUGAGGAAGAGCUGGAGGAGGAGGUGUUUGAAGCUGUGUCCAAGAGAGCAUGGACGGAUAUACUGCUUCAGAUAUACAAGUCUCUGGUCCUGGCAAAGAUUACACCUCGCACACUGAAGACCAUGGCGUCUCCUGACCGCCAUGUGACCCUACCAAGUAUCAACCCUGACCCUCUGUCCAGCAACAUCUACUGUGUGUCUGAGCGGAUAGUCUUGUCCUGGCUGAACCACCAUUUUGAACACUAUCGGCAUUCAGUGUGGGAAAACUGUCCUAAUGGUGGGGUCCCAUCCUCAAGAUGGAUAGUCAACUAUGACUUUGACCUUCUGGAUGGCCUGGUGUUUGGUGCAGUGUUGGGAGCUCACAUGCCCUUCCUGAUUGCGAGCCACCUAAAGGACAUGUACACCCAUCCAACCAAUGCUGAGCAGUGCCUGCACAAUGCCCUCAAGGUCGUGUCUGCCAUGAGAUAUGCGGGGAUUGACUAUGAUAUACAGGCCAUCGACAUCACCGACCCGAACCCCAUCUCCCUGCUCCUACUCAGUGUUCACCUGUACCAGCACCUACCUCAGUACCUCCCCAAGUCUACUGUCGACUUCACUGGCAGUCUACACGACACAGUCGCCAGACAGGUGAAGUUGAGCAAUCCCAGUGGUAAGCCGUUGGUGUACCAAGUACUGGUGGCAGGAAGAGAUGCCCGGAACUUCCGUAUCCCAAAGGGGGAUGUCAUCACAGUCCCGGCCCGCAGCACGUUCCCCAUGGCUGUAGAGUUCACCAGCUGCUUCCUACGACCAGCUGAAGCUGUGCUGGUAUUGGUUGGACGCAGACAGGGAUCAGCCACUGCAACAACCUUAACCUUUAACCUUCGAACACAAAUUGAUAACAUCACACCCAAGACUUCAAGCAACUGUGAGUCCACAGUCAAGGUAGAGUCUCCAUGUUACGAGCUAGAACGCAUCCUGCUAGACGUCACCAACCCAUUUGACGAAGGAGCCGAGUUUCGCAUCAUCCUAGUGGAAGCAAGCAAUGAUGCGGCACUGGACCCAAGUAAACCCACUGCCCUCAUGAGACCCAAGGAAAAGAAAAAGAAGGUGAUCAAGUCCAAGGUGAACCAUGGACAGAAGCGACCUGAUACACCACCUUCUUCACCUACUGUUAAGCCUGGAGAGACUGCAGAGAUCAUUGAUGCACAGAAAGAGGGAUCUUCCUCCUCCCUCAGUGCCUUCUUCAGCCCCAUGAAGACAGUGUAUCUGGACCCACAUGCAACGGCAGAAGUCGAAAUCCAGUUCCUGCCGUUUGCUGUAGGAGAACGUCAGUGUUCUGUGAUUUUUCUUAAUGAGACUGUAGGAGAGUUCCUGUACUCCAUUGAAGCCAAGGCCAAGCUGCCUCUCCCUUCCAUCCUGCCUUUUGUCCCCUCCAACCACAGCGUCAGGAUCAGCAGUGCUGCUGCAGCAGGUUCCGGGCGAGGUAUGUUUGGUGGAGACGACCGGGUGAUAUACUGGAAGUGUGAGGCUGGUCAGACAUUGAAGGAGAACCUGUUGAUCCCCGUCACCAACAUGUCCAAGGAGAGAAGUCUCACCCUCGCUGCCCAACAGCACAUGUCAGACGUGGAGUUGCAACGCCGUCACGUGACCAACACGUUGAUGAGUUGUAGCGUGACCGCCAAGACAGUCAAGAAGUUGUCCACUAACCCAGUCUCUGCUGUCCAACAAGCUAAGACUCUCCCCCCAGAGGGCAUCACCUACACUGUGGAGACGGACUCGGAGUACUUCAAGGUGUCAAAGAAGCUGACCGUACCAAGUCCUGUUGAAGCUCAUGCCAAUAGCGCCCCACCAAAUGUCCGAGUCCCCAGAGGAGUAAAGCUUGACGAUGGUGUGGUGGGACUUCCCAUCACCUUCUUGGCCCACGAGCCAGGCCACUACCCUUGUGAGAUUGUACUCCAGUCAUCAGAAGAUGUGCGCGUCUACCGUAUUGAGUGUACUGUCAACCCUGAGGGCAGCACCGCAGAGCUGGACUUCGCAGCCCCUGUCCACCAGUCGGUCACUCAGAUGAUUCCAAUCAUGAACAUGACAAACCAUGACUGGCCACUACGAGCAAAGAUGUCUGGGGAGGGGUUUGGUCCCCCUACCAUGCUGGCCAAAGCUUUCCAGAGUAGCCACUACCCUCUCACCUUCAAGCCUUUAUACGAGAAGGAGAUCCAGGGUAAGCUGGUGUUGAGCAACACGGAUGACGGCACAGACCACACUUUCCACCUCCAGGGCCGUGCUACCAAACCACUAGCGCUUGAGCACAUCGUCAUCAACUGCCAGGCCAAGAGCAGCCAUGUCCACCAACUGAAGAUCCCCAACAUGACCAAGAAAAAGCUGAUCUACCAGGUGGAGACUGACAUCCCCUUUGUGAGCGGCCCGAACGCUGUGUCAGUGCUGCAGAGUAAGACUGGUACAUACGACAUGGUGGUCACGCCCAAGAGGAGGGGGGUCUACAAGGGCAUCAUCGCCUUCGUCGCUGGGAGGAGUCCUGUCAGGGAGGUAGACAGUGAUGGAGAUGAUGUGCCAUCAGAUGAUGAGACCAAAGAGUAUGAUGGCUACAGAAUCUGGUACUCAUUGGAACUGAACGUAUCGCCGCCGCCACCAGAACGCACCAUGGAGAUUGGCUGUGCUUGCCAGAAAAAGGCUGUGUUGGAGGUAGUUGUCAGGAACCCCACACCCAAUGACAUUACCUUGGAAGCAGUGGUGAGCGGGCGUGACCUUGAGGGCCAGGAAUCCAUCACCCUGGGGGCAGGGGAGAAAGAGCCAUACCUCGUGACAUUCUCCCCUGCUGUCGUCGGCACCAGGAAGGGAAGUCUGGUGUUCUACAAUGAGGCUGUCGGGGAGUUCUGGUAUGAGCUGAUACUGAAGGCAGAGCCACCACAACCAACCACACUGCCUCACAUGGAGUGUGAGCUUGGCAGAUGGACGAAGCAGGCUCUGUUGCUGGAGAACCCAACAGAUGAGAUGCUGGAGCUAGUGCCAACAGUGUCCAACAUCAACAACUUCUCCUUGGAGCGGGACAACAGCGAGCGCCCCCUCCUCCUCCGACCUCACUCCCAGAUUGAGGUCCCUCUUCACUUCAUGCCCUCCACCCUGGGACAAGGGGAGCACCAUGCCAACAUCACAUUUCACAGUGAACAGCUGGGAGAGUGGGUGUUUAUGGCCACAGGCACUGGUCAGCUGCCCCAGCCCCAGGAUCCGGUCAGCGUCUUCACCGCUGCUGGCACCAACACCACCCUCAUCAUCCCCUUCCGAAACCCCCUCGACCACGCAGUUCUGGCCAACAUCAUUCUCACUGACAAUGAGCAGCAACUGCAGCGUGUCACUACUGGCCUGGAGUCGGAGGAGUCUCCCUUCUGCCUGUUGCUGAAACACAACAACAGCUUGAGGGUGGGGCCAAAGUCCACCCUGGACAUCCCAGUCAGCUUCGCCCCUAGCCAGAUGAGGAAGUACGAGGGACUGUGUACUGUGGUUGUCCGCAGGGAGGACGGCGCACCCUGGCAGUACGUCCCCACAGAUGCUAAUGGGUACCCUGUGUCACGAACCAGCAGUGGCGGGCUGAUGGAGAUCAGAUGGCUGUUCCCUAUCAAUGGCAUCCCUGAAUCAAAGCCUGUGCGGGACAGCCAGGGCGCCAUCAUCGAGUGUCGGGCCAGGGAGGUCAUUGAAGAGCGUCUGGAAGUGACGUUGGCUGGGGUUGCGCCAUGUUCUGCUGGACCACAGAAGCGGAUGAAGACACGGGCCAAGACUCCCAAGGAUGCUGCUCCUCAAGUCCCUGAUGGCAUCGUAGUGGGAGAGACUCUUGCCACAGCUGAUGAGUUUAGUCAUGAGCUGACAUUCAAUACCGAGGAUGCCAACAGCCAGCUGAAGGAUUCUGUCAGCAUAACACUGGUGCGAGAGCACCGAGAUAUAAACACAGGACUGGUGGUGCUGGUGUUUAAUGUCAAGUUCAACCCCUUCAAACCUCUCAGUCAUGAUGCCCAGCUGCAUGUAACAGCAGCCACUGGUGGAGUGUGGAAGUUCCCGCUUCGAUUUGUAGCCACGGCACCACCAGUUGAUGACAAGAUACUCAUUGAAGCCACAGGCCUCUGCAAGAUGUCAACCAUUGGUUUCUGGCUCACAAGUCAAUCCAGUCGCACUGUUCACUUUGAUGCCUUCUUUGAGGGUGGAAGCGACCCAGAGUUUACCAUCUCACCGGAGCACGGGGAACUUCUCCCUGAAGGGACACAAGGCACUAUGUUUCACAUCAACUUCCUGCCUGCUGUGUACGGCAAACUGUACCAGGCCAAACUUGUCAUACAGACCCCAGACAUGCAGUGGAGCUAUGAGAUUCAAGGUGUCAUCCCUGAAUAUACCCCUCCCCGUGGCAAGUCCUCUCGACCCAUGGCAGGCCCUCAUCCUGACCCCAGACACCGAGGUGACCGCGUCAACUACGUACGAGACAACCUUCAAAUCAUAACAACAGCUGUGUCCUCUCCUAUCAAGGGAGCUCCUCUACUGCGGACACAUAAAGUGCUGUGAUGUGUGACAGUACCUCUCACACAAACUUCAUCUGUGAUAUUGCACAUAGAGUGCCGUGAUUGUUGAAGUCAGUGAAACUGCGGAGUCAUCCUUCAUGUAGAUGAAGAUUCGGCAAGCUACAUUAUAUAUUUCAAGGCUUUAAGAUACUUGUCCAUUCCAUCUCAAACUGGGUCUUUUAUGUAUUAAUCAGGGCUGUCUUCAUCUCUGGGUUGGUGACGUCAAACAUUCCAUACUUAGCUAUGUACAUGUAUAUAUGCCACUUCAGUACAUAUUUUAUAUGUAGAGAUCAAUUCUUGCGUAUGAAGUAAAACCAAAUAUUUUAACAUAUUUAGUAUCUCAGUAUUAUAAUAUGAAUAUGAAAAGUGUAUUUUAUAUAAUGUCAUGAGUAUUGUUCCUUUAUUCCACACUUUUUGUCAUUGUUGCUGUGAUAAACUAUUGUAUAAAACCUUUUGUUAUGGUAGCUUCUUUAGAAGUCAUUGACCAGUGUUUUAAUUAUCCAGUAUUAAACAUGUCAAAAAUAGAUUUGGCAUAUUUUUCUUAAACUUUUUAUGAGAAGUGUGAUAUAAGGUGUCCAUUGAGAAGACGUCAACAUAAAGACGUUAAAGUGACGUAUCUUACCUGAAUAUAUAUAAACUCAUUUAGCAUUAUUUGUACAUACACAAAGCCAAAUGAACAAUUCCGGGAGUGGAAUCCUCAAGCUUGUACCACCAGCUACCAGGUAUUAUAUCCUCUGUGAUACAGCCACAAAACCUUAUGGUAUCUACCUGUGAUACAUCAGUCAAACAUAUACAGUAUCUACCUGUGAUACAUCAGUGAAACCUAUACAGUAUCUACCUGUGAUGCAUCAGUGAAACCUAUACAGUAUCUACCUGUGAUGCAAGUAGCUGCUGAAUGCUAUUGUGGCUGCUCCCUGUAGCUUUGUGACAGAGCUUAGUAUUCUGAGUUUGUAUACAUCUGUGCCAGUGUUCUUUGUUCUCACAUAUACACUGUCCGUCCAAUGAUUUACUGAAAAUAAACAUGAUCCAACA